GUCACCUUCACAUCCAGCCGCUGUCGACGUGGUCAUGCGCUUCCCGUUCGUCUUGUCUGUGGUCAGUGCCGCGUUCAUCGAGUUCGACGGCCAUCGCUACGACCUCGACCCAGCAACCCAGAACACCCCCAUUCGAUUGACGGACCAGCAUCUGCGUCCACCGCCGCCGCGCCUCCCGUCUGUGUUUGACAUCUUCAUCGGCAUUUCGUCCUACCGAGACGGCGUGCGCUGCGGGUUCACGCUCUUCACCGCGUUCUCCCGCGCAACACACCCGGAUCGAGUGUACGUGGGGGUUGUGGAUCAAGUGUUGCCGACGGAUGCAACCUGCCUGGACGAAUACUGCAAGCUCUCGACAAGUCACUGGGGCGAGUGUAAGUUCAAAGACCACAUCACGAUCGACAGUCACGACGCCGCCGCCUCCCAAGGCCCGACCAUCGCCCGCCACGCGCAGCAGCAGCUCAUCCGCGAUGAGGAGUUCUGUCUGCAGCUGGACGCACACAGCCAGUUGCUCGCAGACUGGGACACCAAGCUAGUCAAGGAAUGGGUCCGCACUGACAACGAGAUGGCCGUGCUGACGGCAUACCCCUCGGGCUUCCACAUGAUCGGCGAGAACGGCACGUACCCGCACCUCUCCGCGUCCCAUCUGUGCGACCACUCCAAGCGGUCUGGUCCCGACGACAUUCCCUUCGCCACAGGCAUCUUGUUCAUCGAGUACUCGGAGCGGCCGCAGCUGUCGGCGUUCUUCGGCGCGGGUCUGUCGUUCUCCAAGUGCCAUGCCGAGAAAAGGGUGGCGGUGGACAACUACACCAAGUGGCUGUUCUUUGGGGAAGAAUCCCUACGCUCGUACGCGCUAUGGUCCCACGGGUAUGACCUCUACAGCCCCAGUCGCCACGGGUCGGUCGUGUUUCACAACUGGACCAACGACCCUUCCCGCACGUCGUACAUGCAUCACCCACUGCCCGAAGCCGCGCGGCGCCGCCGGGCGGACGAAGAGAAGGCCAGUGGGAACCGCGUGCGCGCGGUGCUGACGCUGCCGUUCCAUGGAGAUGUAGACACGACUGGCUUGGCCUGGUUUUAUAACGGGUCGGUCCGGUCCAUCGAGUCUUUUCUGGGCUUUCACGGCGUGUCCAAUGCUAACGCUAGCUGGGACCAAGAACGAUGCCAUCAACUGCACUGGGUGCCGUACGAAAGGCCAGAGAUCGUCGAGCAGUUGCUCCCGGGGUGGGUCCAGGAGGCACUUGGGGCUCACGAACGCAGCAACGACAUGCACAACCUCGUCGCAGAUACGUUAGAAGCCCUGAAAGCCCAGUGGACCAAAGACAAGGAGCAUAUCCUGCACAACAUGGAGCUAAUGCACCUGAAGGGCCUCGAAGAACGCACCCAUCUGCCGGCGUCCGUAGCGGAAGUUCUGCCGGCGAUGGCGGUCGUGGUCGCACUGGCGUCGGUGGCACUCGUCACACGCUGGCGACGACGGUGUACUACUAGUAGCCCUGGUAGUAGUACUCCUACUACAAGUAGUAGUAGUGCCGCCAAAGGCUCGGACUACGCGUGAUGUGGUAACUCGGUUCGUUGGACACGUAGUAAUACUACUAGUAUUACUAUAAUUGAAAAACGAACAAAAUGUACUGUACCGGUACUACCUC